CUCACGCCGACGGUUGGGCGGGCCGCCCUCGCCGCGCGCCCAACAGUGGCAUGGACUGGCGCCCCGACGCCGACGGGCUUACAGCAGCUUACUCACUCUCUCGUCCGUCGUCCUCCAUCCCCAGGCAAGUUGUCGCGGGCAGCCAUGCCAGAUCCAACGUCAAGCCCCAGCGACAACAAGCCCUUGCCGCCAGGCAUGGUCCUCGGGCCCGACGGCAAGCCGUGCAAGAUCUGCACCGCGUUCCGCAACUGGACGCCAGCCGACAAGCCAAAGCGGGCGCAGAACGGCAAGCAGCCCGCUCCUGGCAUCGCCGCGACCAUGGCCGCCAUGGCAGCGGGCAGCAGUGCCGUCGCCCGCCAGCCCGACCCGGACACCCGCCCAGAGUACUGCCCGCCGGACGUGGAACAGCUGGGCCGCGCGACCUGGACGUUCCUCCAUACCACCGCCGCGUACUACCCGGAGAAGCCCACGUCCAACCAGCGCGUGAAUAUGCUCACGCUGCUCCGCUCGCUCCCUGUGUUGUACCCGUGCUCGCAUUGCGCGUCGCAUCUGGACACGAACAUCAAGGAAAACCCGCCGGAUGUCAGUGGGAGGGUCGCGUUGAGCAGAUGGCUUUGCGAGAGGCACAAUGACGUGAAUUCGAGGCUGGGCAAGCUGAGGUUUGACUGCUCGAUAGAGAAAACAGACGAGCGGUGGAAGAAUGGGCCUAGCGAUGGUAGCUGCGAUUGACGGGCGUGAAAAGUACAAUGCUAUGGACGGUAGUUGGAUACUGUUCCGUCUUUCCGGUCGGACGCUUCACGACAGUAACGCAGCAACACCUCGUUUCCCUUGGCUCGCUACCUCACUCACAACACCACAAGGUUCAUGAGGUUCCAAGGUUCCUCUCAGCGGCGAUUUAGAGCGUGCCGGUGCAGGGUAAACCUCACCACGGCCGCGCAUACUCACGUCAGAAGCUGGUUGGAGUUAGAG